UUUCCAUUGAUAUCGUUUGCCAGUUCUCAAGAUUGAAGAACAUCGUAAAUUAGGUGAGGAAAAAGAAUACACAUGGUGGUGUCAUCAUGAUUUUUGCAAAAUGAUCAUGGGAAUCAUUCUUUUUGCUAUUUCAUAUUACUUCUCGGCUUUUGUUUUAGCAGAUGGCAUGCUAAAUCAAUACCAGCAAAUCAAUGACAGUGGGGCGUUAGUAUCUGCUAGAGGAGAUUUCAAGUUAGGCUUCUUCAGUACAAGCAAUUUGAGGAGCCGAUACUUGGGGAUAUGGUAUAACAAUAUCCCAGUUCAAACCCUUAUUUGGGUGGCAAACAGAGACAGACUGCUUAAUGAUUCAUCGGGUGGUCUAAAGAUUGGGGAUGAUGGAAAUUUGAUCCUUCUUGACAGUGGAGGAAUAGUUGCUUGGUCUGCUGGUAUCCAGAAUAUAUCAUCAAAACCCACUGUUGCACUGCUCUUAGACUCUGGAAAUCUUGUUUUGAGAAGUGAAAAUGGUGGGAACACAGAAAGUUAUAUUUGGCAAAGCUUUGAUCAUCCUUCAGAUACACUGAUAGCUGGUAUGAAGCUGGGAUGGGACUUGAGGGUCGGUUUGGACCGGUAUUUGACAUCGCGGAAGAGUGCAGAUGACCCCUCUCCCGGAGACAUCUCUUAUCGGUUUGAUCUUGAUGGUCUUCCACAAGGUGUUAUACGUAAAGGGUCAGUUAAGCAGCACCGAACUGGGAUAUGGAACGGGCUACAGUUUAAUGGUGUCGAGCCUCAAAACUCUAUCUUCAAUACUAAUUUCAUCGAUAAUUCAGAGGAGGUGUAUUUCAAGUUUGUCAUAUGUAGUUGUUUGGAUGGAUACAUUCCUAAAUCAUCGCAAGAUUGGAAUACGAUGGUUUGGAAUGGUGGGUGCAUUCGCAAAUACCCGUUAAACUGCUUGGAUAGACAAGGAUUUUUGGCAUUCAAAGGCAUGAUCAUCCCUGAUUUGUUAGAGUUUUCGCUGAACACCAAGUAUAGAUCAGAUUCCAAGGAGAAGAAGAAGAAGAAACUGCUUUUGGUGAUUAUCCCCGUCUCAGUGGCUUUAUUGUCCUUCCUCCUUACUUCUUGUGUCAUGUGGAAAAGGAUAAAACAACCAAGAGGUUCCCGGCCAAACAUUCCAUUCAAAGAUGAUGAAAACAUAGACUUACCCAUUUUCAAUAUAGUCACAAUUACAAAUGCUACAAACAAUUUUUCUAUUUCUAAUAAGAUUGGAGAAGGUGGGUUCGGACUAGUUUACAAGGGUCAACUAUCAACGGGACAAGAGAUAGCAGUAAAGAGGCUCUCGGAGAAUUCUAAACAAGGGCUCGGUGAAUUUAAAAAUGAGGUUAUCUUGAUUGCCAAGCUUCAACACCAAAAUUUUGUUAGGCUUUUGGGAUGUUGCAUUCAAGGAGAAGAGAGGAUGUUGAUCUAUGAGUAUUUGCCCAACGGCAACUUGAGCUCCUUUAUUUUUGAUACAACAAAAAGUAACUCUCUUGAAUGGAGGAAACGGUUUGAUAUUAUUGUGGGGAUCGCUCGAGGGCUUCUCUACCUUCAUCGAGAUUCAAGACUGAGAAUUAUUCACAGGGAUCUCCAAGCUAGCAAUGUGCUACUAGACAAUGAGAUGAAUCCCAAGAUUUCAUACUUUGGCAUUGCUCGAGCUUUUGGAGGAGAUCAAACAUUGGGGAAAACAAGAAGGGUGAUUGGAACUUAUGGCUAUAUGUCCCCAGAAUAUAUAUUACGUGGGCUCUUUUCAAUGAAAUCAGAUGUGUUUAGUUUCGGAGUACUUGUUUUAGAAAUAGUGAGUGAACAGCAGAACAGAAAGUUCCGACAUCCUAACCAUACUCGCAACCUUCUUGGACAUGGAUGGAAACUAUGGAUUGAAGGGAAUGCCAUCAAUCUAGUUGAUGAGAAGUUGGAAACUUCAACAAUGCUGAUGUCAGAAGUAAUAAAAUGUAUACAAAUUGGUCUGUUGUGUGUGCAACAACGCCCUACAGACAGGCCAACAAUGUCAUCUGUGGUGUCGAUGUUGGAUAAUGAGGGUGCCAUGCUGCCCCGUCCUAAACAACCUGGAUUCUAUACAGAGGGGAGCAGUGAUGAGACAGAACUUGCAUCAACUACAGGAAUAAAAUGUUCCACAAAUAAGACAACUCUAACAAUUCUACUGGGUCGAUAAAAAAUUCCAAUUGAAGCACUAAUGCUCAUGGUUAUUAAUAUUAUUUUUUUCAGUAAGAGAGUUAAUACCAUAUUUGAUAAUAGCAUUACUAAUUAUGGAUGACAGAUGAUAUAUAAGUUUCCUUGUUUGAUUGCAAACAAGAUAGAAUGAAUGACCAAUUUUUAUU